UUUUCAAUUUAUAUUUUAUAUGGUUUACAUAUUUUUUCCACAAAUAACAAAAGUAUAUUAUGUAAAUCGACUAUCAGCGGGAAGAGUUGUGUGUACCAUGAGGUGCUGCCAUGAGAUGCGCGUGCGAGUGAACGUCGCCAUUGUUUUCCGGUGUGCGCGGGUGUAUUCUUAUUGACAAUUAAAUUUCGCUACAUCUUUUAAGAUAGAUUAUGUUCUAAAGUUAUUUUUGCUCAUUACAAUGUAUAUAAAUGACGCUGAAUUGAUCAUAAAAUUUCUCAUAUAUCUAAUCUAUGAUUGUGUCUUAUGGCGUGUUACUGAUCACUGUGCAGCCAUCUUGGACGAGUCCACUCUGUCACCAACUGACACGCAUCAAAGAACUUGUUCUUGACAAUUGCAGAAGCACACAUAUAGUUGGUUUGACAGAUGAAUUUGUUGCAUUAGAAUCACUAAGUCUCAUUAAUGUGGGACUUACCAGUCUAAAAGGCUUUCCAAGACUAUCGAGUCUUAAAAAGUUGGAACUUAGUGACAACAGAAUUUCUGGAGGUUUAAAUCUUCUUCAAUCAAGUCCCAAAUUAACUCAUCUUAAUCUUAGUGGAAACAAGAUCAAAGAUCUUGAUACACUUCAACCUUUAAAGGAGUUUAAGAAUUUGAAAAAUCUUGAUCUUUUUAAUAAUGAAGUAACAAACUUGGAUAAUUAUAGAGAAAAAGUUUUUAGCCUUAUUCCCAGUCUUCGAUGUCUUGAUGGAUUUGACACAGAUGAUUGUGAAGUAGAUGAUAGUGAAGGAGAAGAUGAUGAAGUAAAUGGAAAUGAAGAUGGAGAUGGUGAUGCCAAUGAAGAAGAUAGUGAGGAAGUUUCAGAUGAAGAGGAUGAAGAAGAUUUUGAUGAUGGUGGUGUAGGAUUAGAGGCUGUAUACAAGGAUGGUCUUGAAGAUGAAAGCGAUGAAGAUGAUUUUCUUUGUGAUGAAGAAGAAGAAGAGGAUGAUGAUGAUAAUGAAGAUGAUGAACAAGAUGAAGAAGAAGAAUCGUCUCCUGCUAGAGGUAAAAAGAGAAAACAUGAAGAUGGCGGAGAUUCAGGGAAUUAGAACCAUAAAGAGCAGGCUUCUGAUACUGUUAAAUGAGUGUAAAAUUCAUAUAAAUAAUAAUAAUUGAGAUGCAGAGUGACCAUCUGGGAAUCAAACUAAUUGACCGACCAAUGACAGACUACAGUUAGUGGUGUGAAUAUAUCAUUGAAUCAUUGACUGACAAAUUGUCUGUGGAAUAACAAAAGAAUACCAUUGAAGAGGAAUGUGAAUGAAAAUGAAAAAGAGGAUAAUGAUGGCAUAAAAUAGGACUGCAUUCCAGCUGGACACAGCGCGUUUUAGUUAUACUAACGAUAUUUUAUAUAGAGUAUAUAGUUAGAAUAUUAGUGGUGUUGCAUGGGUGAAAGAUCAGAUAUUGAAAGACUCGGAAAAAAGCAACAGUGAAGUUUUACACUUGAAGGAGCAUAUUUGUCUGUUAGCUCCAGUCGGCCAAAGGCUGGUCACGCUGGAAUGCAGUCAUCGUUAAUCAGUACUAAGGUUACAUAAGUUACAUUUUAAAUACAUUAUUAUUGUACCAUGAAUAAGUAUAGAGUAAAUGAGGAACAACUUUUGUACAGGUUUACACCAUACAUUGAGGUGCAUUAUGCCUCUGUGAUUUUUGGGACAGAAAAUAAAGAGAUAAAUAUAUGUUGCUCAUACAUUGAGCUUAUAUCUAUGAAAGACGUAUUAAGAUAGGAAUUUACAUCAUAAGAAUGAAAAAAUAAAAGAAGUUUCGUUUGUUAGAAUAAUAGCAUUUGAAAUGUAUAAUUAAUAUGAAAAAAAAAACAUCAGUUUAGCAUAUAAAAAGUAUUUUAGUAUUUUCAAUUUAAUUAUUUUGAUAUAAGUUAAAAAGUUUUGAUAUUUCAAGAAAUCUUGAACGAAACUGCGAAACAAUAUAAGAAUACACAAUUGAUAUUGUGUACUCCUUUUUGUAAUUUUUAGUAAAUUUUAAGUUCCAGAUAUUUAUGUGUAUAAUGGCAAUGUACCAUGAAUAACAUGGCUGUUAAGAUUACUGUUAUUUACUUUUGGGCAUUUCAUAUUUUAUGUGUUAUGCUCUAUGAUAUAACAAAUUCAUUUGAUUAGUAAAAUUAUUGUAACAUUUUCCUGUUCCAAAUUACAAGUAUUCAGCUAUAACAGUUAGAUGUUUUUAUAUCAUUAAAUCGUACGAUUUUAUACGAUAACAAUAGAAUUACUUGUUGCAUUUGUAUCGUUUAUACAUAACAACAAGUUUAAAUAUUUGGAACAUAAUAUUAAAUAAAAAGAAAAAAAUCAAAAUUGCUAUAAAUCAUAAUUACCUUUAAUUUCUGUCUCUGAAGUUACCAUAGCGCUGACACAUCUCGUGAUGAUUGAAGUGCGAAGUUAAUGGAUAAUGAUCAUUAAUAUUAUUAUUAAUAUUAAAUUACAAUUAUGAUUUGAAAAAACAAUAUUUACACUUGCGCUUUCGCACUUUUGAAUUAUAUUUAAAAAAAAGUCAGAAACGCAAAAUUUAGAUUAGAAUGGAAAGACAAAAUCUCGAGAAAUAGGCGCAAAAGUAAAAGAUGGAUCAGUCAAUGUAGUUAAUGGUGAGACUGUGGUAAAUGGUUACUGAACGGACUACCAAUUAACUACGUGAUCGUGAGAAUGGAUGGGAGUGAAAUAGCGAGUGAGAGUGCAAGAGAGGAUCGGUUUUAUAAGAAAAAAAUUAUGGUAGAGUCGAGGAUCUGGCGCCUCUUUGUCGCCAGUUUGGUUAUGGCCUUAUCCAAUUUUUCCAAGACUAAAGCAAAUUUAUAUUAGGUACAAUGAGUAUAUGACAUGUACAGGUCCAAAUCUGUAAAUUUCCAAUCUGCAAUUUGUAAUUGCGGCUCGCGCGGAUGUCAUAUUAAAAGUUAAAUUAUAAAUAAUUAAAGAAUUAAAUUAUAAAUAAUUAAACAUUCCGCGCGUCCCGCGACACAUACACUUUUGUCAAUUGCAAUUUUGGAUAGACCAUUUAUGUAAGGGAAUCUAUCACCUUCUAUUAUCAGAACUAUUACAUCUCUGUAUUGUCUGUCUGUUCCGUUGUUAAAGUGGAUUUUUAUCAUAACGUUUGUUUAUUUCGAACAAUCCUCAUCAAAAUAAGAAGAAAUAAUUUAUUAAUAAAAUCAUUUACAAAUCAA